CGAGCCCUCCUGUAAGCAGAGUGAGAGAGUGCAGGAGCAACAGCAUAAGAUCUGGAGAGGGUGAAAACACAACUGUGAGCAAGACCUACCACAAAGUCCACACAGAUCUCGCACUUUGAGGUGAGCGUGCAUGUGUUUUUGUCACCCUGCAGAACUGGGCUGAUGCAUUUAGGUGCGAUCGUCCCGUCAAGUGCUUCUCUGCUUUGAAGUUGGCCGUGGGGGACCGUUUUUUUCCCUGCAAGGAAAAAAAGGCAAGAGAAGGCCAAAAGCUACAAAAACUGGAGUGUUUCCAACUUCCAAUUCCCUCAGGACAUUUUUUUCCCCCACCUCGGCUUCAAGAAGGAAGCACAUGUGAAGACUGAUGGGGCAAGACCUCAGCAUUGCUUACCAGAAAAUCGGCUCAGAUGCAUCACUGCAGAGACUCCACAUCCCAGUAGGAGUGAGACGGAGGUAAAGAACCAGAGAGAAAGUGAGAGGGAAUCUGAGUAAUUUCCAUCCACUCCCCCCCCCCUUUCAAAACUGGGACCUUCUUCAGUUGCCCUCUGCUACCCCCCCAUGGGGCAGGAAGCGUGAAAAAUCUCACUAAUGGGUUUAUUUGCUGUCAGCUCAGCGACGACCUGUCAUUUCCCAGGACCACUCUACACUUGACACAUUUCAUAGUCGAGUAAGCUUUGCUUUGUUUUUGCCUAAAGAGCCCUUGCUUCACACUGCUGGCAGUUGAGAAGAUCAAGACCAGGCUGAGGUAUCAGGUGGAGUGGACAAGUCCCUUAAUCACUUUGCCUGCCUAUUACAGUAUUCUUCUUCCAGUGAGGUCAAGCGUUGGGGACAUCUCGCUGUUCCUUUGUAUUUCUCGAAGUCGAGAACUUCCCGCAGUGAGAAAGAGUCUGCUUUCUGACCCAACUACGGUGUCCUGGCUGGUGGGCUGAAGAUGCGUUGCUGGCUGCUAGCUGUGGUGACGGCAGUGCUCUGGAGCCAGUGCAUCCUUCUAGGGUGGGCUGAAGGCAGGAAGAUGCGUAAGAGGCCGAAGGAGCUUGCUCCGCAGCACACCGAAGCAUUCAACACCACAAUUUCCAACAGUGAGGAGCUGGAUGGCAGCACAAAGCAGGUCAGUGAGAACCAGAGAGUGGACCCUCUUGGAUCAUGGAUGGAUUUUGUGAAGAGACCUGUGGGCAACUUUCCCGGAAAAUGCCGAAAGCGAAAACGACCACUGCCCGGUCCCCCGGGACCUCCUGGACCUCCAGGGCCUCAGGGACCUCCAGGAUCCCCUGGGGCAGAGGUCACUCAAGAGGUCCUGCUGCGAGAGUUCAAAGAAAUGAUCAAAGAGGCCACCGAGAGGCGAGCAGCAGUGGACAGGCCCAACGAACCCAGUCAGCUGCCCACGGCUCUGAUCACCCUAGAGAGUAUGACCUCCUACAGGAGAAUUGAGGAAGCCUUCCACUGCAAACUCAAAGGCCCUGUCGUUGUGGACAAAAAGACUCUGGCUGAACUGCAGAACUUUCAAACACCUUCUGCCAAAGGUGCCUUCCUCAGAGGGACGGGGAUGGAUCAGUCUACUGGCCGAUUUACAGCUCCUGUAACUGGAAUUUAUCAGUUCUCUGCCAAUGUUCAUAUUGACCACACUGAGGUGAAGAAAAGUAAGAACCAGCUGAGAGCCAGAGACAAUGUCAGAGUUUUGAUCUGCACUGAAUCACUCUGCCACAGAUAUUCAUCCUUGGAAAUGAUUGUUGGCCUUGAGAGUAACAGCAAAAUAUUUACAGUAUCUGUCCAUGGACUACUGGAACUUCAGGCUGGGCAGUACACUUCCAUAUUCGUGGACAAUGCAGCUGGAGCAUCGAUCACAAUACAGAAUGGUUCAGAUUUCAUGGGCAUGUUGUUGGGGGUAUAGCCUUGUUUUACAGCCAGACUAUAUCUGGAAGGCCACGUAAGACUGCAUAGCUCCUCUUUGGACUAUCACCCAGCACCAUAUAUCCUCAUGAGACAAUAUAUGACUGCUACAAAGCUCUUGGCUUGUUCAUGGACAAGACAUGGACAUAUUAAAACCCACAAAGCAGAGACAGUUGGAUGCAAAACUGAAAGACUUUACCGAGGACAGUCGAUUCACAUCUGCCUCUCUCAUGUGCCGUCUACAUUGAGGUUUUUACCUCUUCAGAAAGAUCAGUUCUCACUGUUUCCACUUACCAUGUCCUAUUUUGUGAUUUAUAGAUGUAUACAAAGAGAUUUUUGUACUUUGACAUUGUGUUGUUAUGUCCUUCCUCUUAAUUAAUAGUGUUUAUAUACAGAAUGUUUAUAUACACAGUUUGUUUUCUACGAUAAGAGGUUUUCUACAAUACAAGAGCUAAUCUAAGGUUUAAUCUUUUGGAUUUAUCUUGAAGGAACAUUUCACCCCAAAAUGAAAAUUUGUUGAAAAUUGCCUCACCAUUAGGCCUUUG